AGCAAUGUGAGGAUAGAGCUGGCAGCAUGGCGGCUUCUCACAUGGUUGCUGGUCCUGGCCGGAAUCCUGGCGGUCGGCCGGGCGGACAGCGGACUCCUGAAGCACGACAAGGUGGAGAAAGGUGUCCACAUCUUGUCCAAGUUCCAAAAUCAACUGAUCACCUCCACCACCCUCAAAUGGGUCCCCGGCGAGUACCCCCAACGGACGUUUUCGCCUGAUCUCGUCGUAGGCGCUGUUCACUAUGAUCAAGUGGAGAGCAACGAAGCGACGCAAGAGAAGCGGAAGGGUCAUCCGGUGUACGUUUGCCGGGCCCGACACAACGGCGUGUGGCUGGUGGGCUCGCUCACGUCCGGCGCGGGGACGGGCAAGUGCGUGGUGUCCCUGCUGGGGCGCGUCUUCCAGUACGGGAAGUACGAGCUCCUGGAGAACGUGGAGCAGUCGUCGCGGAUCAGCUGGGUCCGGUGGGACCGAUUCAGUCCGCCGUCCACCGGGGCCGUCUCCACCGGGGAACGGGACAACUACAUCGCCCGGCGUCGCGUCGACAGGGAGCCCGAGCCCGCCGACGCCGACAACUCGCCGGCCCUCGUGCCCGGCCCCGAGACGCCCCCUGUCUAUCUCCUCGGCAAGCUCGACACCCGGGAAGGGCUCGGCAGGAUCUUCUUCAUCAACCAGAACGGUGAGGAAGAGCACCGGGUGGACGGGGAGAUCCUGGUGGAGAUGGAGCCGGUGCGCUACGAGCUGACGAUCGGGAAGUUCAACCAGCGGCGGAAGCAAGUCUCGCGGCAGCCGCGGGUCCUCGGGACGGCCCAGCUCACCAACGAGCUCAACGAGGCGCCGAGCAAGGUGGACUCGGUCAUCGGCUACGACACCGACUACUCCCUCUACUGGGGCCAGAUCAAGGGCAUGCUCGUCGGCCUCCCCACCAACAUCAUCCUCCCCAACGGCACCCUCCUCGAGAGCAUCAACUGGGGCACCCAGGAGACCCAGCUCCGCAAGGAGCUCGUCAGGAUUGAAGCAAUACUAGAACCCAACACAGGAGUGAAUGUUACUUUAAGAGGCAAUUUCUCAGACAGUGUUGUACCCUACACAGGUGAGCUUGUGGCCAUCUACGAAGAUCAAGUCACCCGCUCCAGACAAAUUCAAGGGUCAAGGAAAGAAAUAGCAAUGCUCGAUGUCAAGGCAGAAUACAGUCCUGCAUAUUAUUUGCACAACUUUACAUUGGUGCCCACCACUACCACUACAACGACAACAACUACAACGAGUGCACCCACAACCACAACUACUCCAGCUGUAACUGAAUUUCUGGAGCCGACGACGAGGAGACCGAAGAAGAACGAAACCAGGCGACAUGAGAACAGUGCAAUGCUCUCAGAUGAGGGUGACGCGUUAUCUUUGAAAAAAAGUGAAGAAGAGGCCAGCCAACAAUCAGAAAGCAAUGCGUUGAGUUUGUCAGUGAGUUUACAACUGAGCCUAAUGACCCUUGUGCUCAAUUCUGUGAUUUCCCAUUUGCACUGGUAAUGUAACAUCAAAGCUCUGAACUUUUUGACAUUUCUGGUUGCUCGCAGAGAGGAGCUGUUUAGAGGAGGCUCCAGGUGAUCACUGGAAAAAUAUUCGGGAGUCCAGGAUUAGGAUUCCUCCUCUGUAGAGUGCCACAAAGAGAAGGUAGCUUUUGAAAAAUUGAGGCUUUGCUCCUCUUUUUAUUCGUCUCAUCAAACAAGGAAGGAAAGAUAUGAUAUGAAAUACCAGCGACUGGAUUUGUGUAAAAAAAAAGGGCGUCGCUAGAAACAUGUGACUCUUGAAUUUUACCUCAUUGAUCCAUCUCUUUUCAUUUUAAAAUCCUGAGCAAAUGUUUAAAAUUGAUAUAGCUCUUAACUUUCCGUACUGAAAGUACCCUCCCCUGAACGAAUGUGAUCUCCUUAAAUUGUAUCUCCAAAAACUGUAUUCCUUCCUUUUUGAGGGAUGUAUUUAUCAGAAAUACCACUGAAACAAUGCUGAGAGAUCGUGAAUAGCUCUGUCACCAAUUUUUCUAUUCAAAGCAGCUGCAGUCUUUGAAAAUUAUAACCAUCUCUAAACAUAUGUGAAAUUUUAAAAUUCUUACGAUUCUCAAGUUUUAAAUUUCUUUGAAUUACUGAAAUGACUGAGUGAGCAGAGCUUAAAGAUGCCUGUGAUUUUUAUAUAAACAAAAAUAAAUUCCUAAAGGAAACAUAACAAACCGUGCAAACCUGCUAAAAUCUUUCGGUUUAAAUUGGGAAUAUGACGCAAUGGGAUCUAAACAUAUGUGAAAUUUUAAAAUUCUUACGAUUCUCAAGUUUUAAAUUUCUUUGAAUUACUGAAAUGACUGAGUGAGCAGAGCUUAAAGAUGCCUGUGAUUUUUAUAUAAACAAAAAUAAAUUCCUAAAGGAAAUAUAACAAACCGUGCAAACCUGCUAAAAUCUUUCGGUUUAAAUUGGGAAUAUGACGCAAUGGGAUAAUUUCUUACUCGACUCACAUAGUCAUAUUUUCACUUUUAGUUCUAUUUUUCACUUAUGUUUCCUAUUCAGAGAAAAAUUAUGUAAAAUAUCAGAAACUCAGCUUACAAACUACUCUUGUACGUAGGAAGACAAUUUUCUUUUGUUAUCCUUUAGUAGCACCUUAUGCCUUGCAGUUGAAAUGAAGCUUUGUCAGUUUUUUAUCAAAAAUGAUCCAAUGAGGAGCAGUUUUUUAUCAAAAAUGAUCCAAUGAGGAGCAUUUUUUUAUGGUGUGUAUAGGUGUCCACCCCAAGACAGAGCUAUUUUCAGUUCAAACAAAAAAAAAAGCGUUUAUUGCUGAUGAAUCAUUCCACAUUUCUCUUGAUUGCAAUAUCUUACCUUGCCCUCUAAUCCUAACUGAAGAUUGUAUAAUUAAUUUAUGAGAAAUUUGUGUACAGAUGUAUUUUUAAGUUUGAGAAAGGCAGCAAAGCUUGCCUUUUUCAUCUGUAAGUAGCAAAAUAGCAACUACUUAGUCUAUUAAUGUGUAAAUAUAAAGUCAAAAAUUAAGUGAGUACCUAUCCUUUUUUCCAUCUAGAGCUACUGCAGAAAGUAUACCUCACAAAAAAUCAUACUUUCUAGAAUGCAACAAUCUCUUCCCAAAAAAUAUCCUUCUUAUGUUUCUCUGAACAAAUUUUUUGGUUGAGAUUGAUUUUUUGUGCCCAUAAGCAGAGGCUAUCAUCCUUUUUUUUAGCUAGAAGUUCAAAAAUCUGCCAAGAUACUUUACUUAAUCAAUGCGAUGUAUCGUACCUAUACGCCAGUUUGACCAUGCCAAGACGGCAGGACGAAUCACCUUUAAACAGUUCCAAAUUAUGUUACUCAGUUAGUUUUUUUUUUUUUUAUUAAUUGAUAUCAAAUCUUAUUUGAGUAGUCAGUGCCUCAAUGUUUAGGAUAUGGGCUUCUUAUCAUUGUUUUCAAUUUUACUUCAUUAUGAAAUCAAAUGUUAUGCAUUUGCGAUACCUUCAAAUUUUUUUGUCUCUAUAAUUUCAAACAGAAUGUUCCAAGUUUUUUUUUUAUUUAAAUCCAUCCUUAUAUUGUUAGAAUCAAUUGCAUUUUGUAAUUUGUACAGCUUGUUUUUCAUCAUUGAUAAUAAAUAAAAUUGUAUCAUGUAUACUCGCAUAGAAAAAGGGAAGGAAAUACAUUUGUACUAUGUACCAGUAAUAUUUUCUCUUCUGCUUUAUUUUUCCUAUCAGCUCUUUGAGUAUGGAAUAUUUACAUGUAGGCUAAUACCUUUAUCAGUUGAUAAAAAUGUAAGCAUCGUUGUAUUUACCUCAGCAAAUGUAUAUCUUGUUUAUUUUUUAAAAGCAGUCCAUUUUAUCAGUCUAAAACCUUGCCAGAGCUAAUGAUAGUUUCAUGGUAUAAAGUUAUUAUAUAUGUGAUGUCAUUGAAGUAACUCCAUUUUUCCUUGCUAUUUUUCUGGACCUUUAUUUUUUAUGGGUUGACAGUGCUAAUUUUUAUAAAGUAUAAUCUCUCUUUAAUGAAAAAAAAAUAGUCUCAAUGAAAUGGACCGCAGUAACCUCGUUUUGCUGCAUCAGUACCCUCUUUUUUUUUCCAAUUCUCAGAUUUAUUAUGAUGAAAGUUGUAAAAUUGUUAUCAAGCAUUGUUAUUAAUUACUUUACUUUAAUUUUUGCUAUCCAUUUUCCCAUCUCGUUUAUAAUUUUCCACUCGUAAUUUUUCUUAAUCCAAUAAUCCUUCAUCCAAGUUGAGUUCGCAUCUCUAGAUUUUUUUUCAUCAGCUGUGUUGCUAAAUUUAAUUACAUACUUGUAGGUAUCAAUGUCCAAACAUAAAUAAAAUUAUGCAGCAUAACUGGGAUAUAUCAGAAUUUAUGAAUUGAUGUUAGAUUUCUGAUGAAUACAAUAGAUGCUUAAUGAUCAAAUGGUCUGAAAAUAAUAAAGAAACUGGAACUUAGCGUCUACCGAAAGAAUGAUCCACAUCCCCCCCCCUUGAGAUGUUUUAAUUUAUUUUAGAUUAUUUAUAUUUAUUAAGUAUGAAAAAAGGCAAUACUCAGACAAUGAAUAUUUUGAAUUUUGUAAGUUGUGUAUUUUAAGAACUGAACUAAAAGAAGCAUAAAUUAAUUGGUACAAAUUAUGCAACAUUUGAUUUGCAUGGAAGUGUACAGUGUUAAUUUUGUAAAUCAAAUGUAAAUUAAGGAAUUGUAAAUUAGUGUAAGGACCAGAAGAGGAAUUUUUUAUUGAUUUAUCGCAUUUUUUUCUCCCUGUGGGGUGAUUAUAUUUUUUUAUGUGAGAAUGAGCAUGUUAUGUUGAUGAUCUUCAUGACUGCUGUUGACAGUAGUGGUUCAUGCUGGGAAGCAUUUCUAGUUUUAAAUUUUACAUUUAAAUAAUCUGAUGAAGCCGAAUAGUCUGUUUGAUUUCUUUGACUAAUUAAUCACCAACUUUUUUUUCAUCUUAAAUGUUCAAAAUGACCAGUGUCAAAAUAGUUCUGAAAAUCCAGUAGCAGCCAGACUUCGUGUUUAAACGGUAUGCUUAUAGUUUCAUGAGUUUAUUUGUAGAAGCUACUGUUAAAAGUUUUCUCAGAAAAGUCGAUGUCUCAAGUCUCAAGUCUUUAGUUUUCGUAUUAUGAUUCAUGAGAAUGAAGAUGUUAAAAAUAUAUUGAACUAAAUAUACAUUACUCUCUCUUUCUCUCUCUCUCUGUAGCAGAUCUCGUGGGAUGGAAAGAUUUGUCAUUAGUACGGAGACAGAUCCGAAAAAUAGAGCGGCACAAUAAAUGUCUUUAGAAUAAGUAAGGAUCUGUGGCUUUAUCUGUUGUAGAGUGCUUGUCACAGAGGGGACUGCUACAGAGAGUAGAACUGUUUCAUCAUACAUGGUACAUUCUAAAUUUUAAUAUUAUGGUUCGUCCCUUUAUUCUUUUUUGGGGGCGGGAGGGGGGGGAUUACCAGGUUUUUGAUUAAGUUGAUGAAUCCGUAAACAUUGGUAAUCGUCAAUAUGCCAGAAGUUUUCUGCAGUUCUCGGUCGGGUCUACCUUGUCAGGAAUUGCUCCUUCAACAUUCCAUAAAAGUUGGUGGUUGAUUAGUUUAAAGAAACCUUGGCAAGUUUUGCUCCUUUUUUAAGAGUUUAAGUCUAUGAGAGUGUGCUGAUUUUUUUGGAUGGAUGUGGCUUUGAUCUCCCUGUGCCAGUAGAGUGAUUACAGAAUUAACAUAAAUAUUCAGCUGUAAAGUAUAAAAUGAACACUAUUUUUAUGAUCGGUAAUUCACUUUGUAAGAACAAGAGUCCUUGUAAGAAGUACGCCAAGUUUGUCUCUUUUGUUCUCAUUGAGAAACAAAUAUAGUUUAUUUUUUAUACAGUGCAAAGCGAGAGCUCUCUUAUUUUUGGCCUGGUAUAUUUUUCAUGUUGCUUUUGUAAAAUUGUUGGAUUGCAUGUGGAUCUGAGCUUAUGUACAUUGUCCUGCAAUAUUUUUAUCAUUGUGUCAUGUAAGGAAUUGUCAGCAAAAGCUUGCUUUUUGUGCAGGAAAAAUUACUUGUUUUUUUCUUCUCUUGUCUUUAAUUUAAAGGUUUGGUCAUUUUCCCCUAUUUUCUCGCUCUUUUUCUCUUUUAGAAAUGAUAUCAGAUUUUUUUCCGGAAUUCUCUUCUCUAAUGGGAGAGAUUGGUUUUACUUUGAAUGACAUAAACUGUAAUAAUAAAGUUGCCAAGUAGCAGCAAAUUGUAUUUACGUUUAACAGAGUGUAAACUUCUUUUCUCUCUGUUUUCUUUUUUUGAGGUGUUAAAUGUCCUUCGAAUUCUCUCAAAAACGAAAAAAUCAUGGCAAAUAGUAGCUGAAAGUUCUUUCCAUUUUUUGUGUCCAAUGGAAAGAAAAAGCUGAAAUAGGUAACCUACAUAUCUUUUUAAAGAGGUAUUUAUAUAAUUUCAUCGUGGUUCAUAAUAAAGUGGUUCAUAUAAUUUCAUAUCAUGGAGCUAAUAAAUACUCAAAGUAAAACAAACAAUUCUCCUCAGAUCAUUCUUAUUUGAAUUUUUCUCUGAAGAUUUUUCUUAUUCAAAUUCAAUAUGUUAAUGGUAUACUUUUUAUCCUAAACUUUUUUGUCAUCACAUUAUUCCUGGAAAUUCCCUCCUCUCCUUCAAAAUGGCAUACCUACUUUAUUGAUAACUGAUUUCUCCAACUAAAAAAAAAAAAGAAAGAAGAAAAAAAAACUCUCUUGUAACUCUCAUAAGAAAUAACAUCUUUAAUAGUACCUAUGUUGAUUCAUUUUCAAGUUUCCAUCACUUCAGCAACAAUAAUGGAAAGAAUCUAUAAAAUGGUGGUUUAAUUUCAGAUUUUUCAGCUCGUUGAGUCCUUCUUUUUUCCGAGUGUCAUGUCAUGUCCUCAUGUCAUUUAAAGGCGUUAUGUUAAUUUCAACCACUUUUUAUGCCAUCCUUUUGAGUGUACAGGUUCCAGUUUUUCUUACUCCACUGAGGCUGAGCGAAGUGUUCCUCCUUCCUCCACAUGCUUGUCCAAAUGUCUUUAUCUGCAUCUCUCACAACGUUGCAACUUAAUAUCUAAUGAAUGAAAUUUUUCAGUAAAAAUCAUGUAUCUCAUGUAAAGUCUCUCAUUCAACAAUUUCUAAAUUAACAACCUCUAAUCAGUAACUGAAUAAGUUCUACAUUAUUGUAUUUCUUGGUAAGAAAGUUAAAAAUUGCAAAAACAAUUUGUUGCGAUGCUAUUUACCUCCAUGAAAAUGAAUAAUUUUGCCCCGUAUUAAGACUGACCAAACACAAAAAACCCAUUUAGCUUAUUCACAUCAGUUCAUAUUGAGUCACUAAGUUUCUCAAAUGUGUCUUUUCAAGUGUUUCGGUUUCAAAUUUCUCUACCUAUUUCAAAAAUUCAUCCUUGGAAUUUAAUGUUCAAGCCUGCUUUUCUUUUUCUACUCUACAAGAAUUAACUUUCAUCAAAAAUUGUUAAACUUACCUGUUAUUUCUAGAGCUUACUAUCCAAGUACUAUUUUGUAUCUACAGUAAAUUUUUUGUUGACUUUAUUAGUUGUAUGUUUUCUAUUUAAAUUUAUUUUGUUAUUAUUUAAUAAAGUUCAUUCAAACAUU